UAACAAAAAAUACAAUCUAUUAAAAUAUUUAUUUAUGUUGGUGAUGUUUUGUUUACGACAGUGAUCUAUUAAUUUUUAAUUGUAUUUUCAAUUCUGCGAAUAAAAAUAUAAUUAACAUAAUGCGGCGUACAUACAAGUCAAAAAAGGAAGUUGGUGGUGCAUUAGAUCACAGAGAUAUGAUGUUUGCAAUGGACGAGAAAAGUUCGGCUUUCGACGCGUUUUAUAUUCAAAAUAUUAAGCAAAGUGUGCGAGAAAUGUCGUCGGUGAGUACGGCCAACUAUCACGGAGUUGCGGCAAAUAGAGUCCGCAAGAAAAAAUAUGUAAAACGAAUACAUAAAGAGUUAGAACCAUCGCGACAAGAGACUCUCAGUGAAGCGGCAUGUCUUACGCCCGAUAAAUCUUUAUAUGUAAAUAAAGCACCUGAUCCUUUUGAUCUACUGUUAAACACCCCUUCGAGAAAGAACGACUCUCUUCAUGUCAAUAGAGAUAAUUUGUUUGAUAAACUUCGAAAUGAAGGAAAAAAAUAUGGUAGAAAGAAAACUACAAAAGUUAAGAAAUACAAUUAUUCCAGCGGUGAUAGUACAGAUUCAGAUAAAGAAAACACCACCAAAGACUGCAAGGCACAAGACUUAACAGAUAUAGGAAUGCAUGAGCUACUUAUUGAAAAUUGUAGAAAAUCUAGUCCUAAACAUUUAGAUGAAUCUAUAAAUAAUAUAGUAAAAAAUAUGUCUAUAUUAAAAAGUCCUAAUUAUCGCAGGACAAAUUCUAUUGGUGUUCAAAAAUAUUUAAUGUACACUAAAAAUAGGUUAACAAUGAAUAUUAAGUCACCUUUAUUUCAAAAUUCUCCAUUGUGUAGUACACCUUUCAAAGACAAAUAUAGAGGUGCAUCUAUCUAUAAAUUUUCACCCAUUAGUACAAAAAAUAUUGAUGAGAAUUUAGACUGGUUACCUAUAAAAGAAAAAAGUAAAAAUUGUACCUUGUUUUCUGAAGAGAAAAAUCAGAGUAAAUUGAGAACAAGUAUACAACAUAUUCAUCUAGAGGAAUCUCCAAUUCUUAUGAAGACUGUCAAUAGUAUAAAAAAGAUUUCUCCAUUAACCAAUAUAUCUUCUCCUAUUACUCAUGUUGCUAGUGACAAAAGUUUAGAAAAUAAACAGUUCGUAAUGGAAGCUCCACCUGAUGAAGAUAUAGAACCUAAUUGUUCAUUAGUAAAUGAAAUUACACCUCACAAUGUUUGUAAUACUUUACAAGAAGUAGUUGAUAAUAAUAAUAAAAAAAAUACAUCUAGCAUUGAAUUGAGCUCUUUUCAAAUAACUGAGCUAGAACCAUUUUUAGGCUUUUCUAAUAAUAGACAUAUAGACAAAAGUAAUGGGAGCUAUAGUAAUAAUUCUUGUAUUGACAAUUUGGAUGCUAGUGUUAUGCCUAAUGAAGCUGAGAGUAAUAUUAAUAUUUUAUCUGAAACUAUUGAUAAUUUUAUAUCUGAAACGAAUAACGAUUAUCUACCUGGAGAUAAAGAACUUUCUAAUAUAUCUAGUGAAGAAUCCACAAUAAGUUCACAAGAAAAUGAAUCUAUGUAUGAUACAUGUGAUAGUGGUGCAUCUCAGGAUGAAGAUUGUAAUGGAUCUGUAAUCCAAGAACCAAUGAUUGUUAUAGAGAGAAUGAAUGAUUCUGUAUUUCGAAAAUAUUUUGAAUUAAUGCCAAAUUAUGAAAUUAAUAAACUAAGUUUAGAGAAAAGUGAUGAUAGCAGUCAAAGUAACAAUCAGGAAUAUGCUAGUUUUGAAGAUAAUAAUUCCUCAACUGCUGAUACUAGUAUAUCACAAAAUAGUGAUAAGAAUAAUUUUAGUCAAAUUAUUACUGCAAAUGUUAUAGAAGAAUUAUCUGAUGACAAUAACACAGAUUCAAAUAGUAAUACAGAAGAGGACCGAUGUAUAAGCUUUGUCACAACUAGACGACGCAAUGAAAUCACAAAUGAUUCUAUGAUAUUUUCAUUGAAUGACUCAUAUGGCAGUCCAAGUGGUACUGAUUGUGAUAAAACUGUCCUGAGUAAUAUAGCUACAGGCCAAGAAAAGUUAGACUGCAUUGCACAUGAUUUAACAGUAGCUGAAAAUGAGGCUGUAGUUCUAUAUAAUAAUGAACUUAUUGUAAAUAUAUCUGAUCAACACAUGAAUGAUGAACCAACAAUAUCAUCAGUUACAACUAGACAAAGUGCAAAAAUAAGAGAUAGUAUUUUGAAUUGCUCACAAGAAGCUAAAUUAUUUAAUUUACAAAACAAACCAUCUAUAGUCUUACAACCUGGAAAGAAAUGGGAGAGGUCUUUAAGUAUUUAUAGAAGAAUGACAAUGGCUGGAUCUGAUCAUUCUCUGUUAGAUGAUGAGCCUCUUCAUACCAAAGGACGGAAGUAUAGACAAAGUGUCAUCAGUACCAUGGAAAUGCAAGACUUUACAGCUUCACUACACAGUGAUUCCAUUAUUAGUCGGAGAAGUACAUUUGUAUCAAAACCAAACAGAAGCACUAUUAGGAUUUUAAAGGAAGCCAAUAGUUCCCGAAUUAGUCUGUGUUCAAGUGAUAUCAAUGACUUAACAGGAUUUCUGACCGAGGUCUGUGAUGAUACGGUUAUUGAGUUAUCAAAACUAUCGAUCGCCGAGUCGGAACCCGAGGUCACUAUAUUAGAGCAUUUCCAUGAGACUGCAAGCCGCGUAACUACUCCCAGAGACUACGUGUUGCGACGCUGCAAUCAAACAGAAGCUAUACUGUUUGAUGAAUGCUAUCCAGAUCCGGUGCUAAAGAAUUGCCGCAAGAUCGGCGAGGGUGUUUACGGGGAGGUAUUUCUUUGGCGAGCUGGAGAUGGCCGGGCGCGUGUGAUGAAGAUUGUCCCCAUCGCAGGCACCACGAAGGUCAAUGGAGAACAUCAGAAGGAUUUCCACGAGAUCAUAUCUGAGAUUGUGAUUGCUAUGGAAUUGAGCGCACUACGCGCUCCCAUAGCCGCUAUUGAACGACAUUUUGAUGAAGGGAAAGAUAUUGAAGCAUUGGAUCUACAUACAGUAGAGAACGCUACUGAUAUUUUCAAUGAGGUACUAGCCGUGAGGUGUGUUAACGGCAGCUACCCGUCACGCUUGCUCGACCUGUGGGAACUGUACGACGAGUGUAAAGGCUCUGAGAACGACAAUCCAGCUAUACUGCCUAUAGACCAGCAGUAUAUAGUGCUGGAGCUAGCCAACGCCGGUCAAGAUUUGGAAAGCUACCAGUUCAACAGCGCGGAGCAAGCGCACGCAUUAUUCUUGCAGGUGGCUUUCGGUUUAGCGGUUGGCGAGGAGAGUUUCCAAUUUGAGCAUCGUGAUCUUCACUGGGGGAACGUGCUCAUAGCUCCUACUGAUCAGAAGUGGGCGACGUUCGUGCUGGGUGGUCGCGCGCACCGCGUGGCCCGGUGCGGGGUGGCCGCCACCAUCAUCGACUACUCGCUGUCGCGGCUCUCACUGCCGCUGGCGGCGGACUGCGCCGCGCUCUACAACGACCUCGCGGCCGAUGACUCGCUCUUCGAGGCAGUCGGCGACUACCAGUUCGAGGUCUACCGCCUCAUGAGGGAAAAGUUGGGAAAUGAUUGGAAGAAUUUCGAGCCAUACACAAAUAUACUGUGGCUGCAUUACACUGUGGAUAAAAUGAUAACGGCCCUCCGCUACAAGAGGACCAACACGAAGAUACACAAACACUACAUAUCUAAGCUCAAGGGGAUCAAGAACAGGAUCCUGGGAUACAGGAGCGCUGCACAAUUUGUACUCACCGACAACGAAUUUUAAUCGAAAAAAAUUAUGAUAAUUGAAUAUUCAUUAUUGAAAUUUGCAAAGUAAAUUUAAUAUUUUUCUCACUUAGUAAUAAUUCAAAAUGAGUAUAGUUAUUAGCACUGUUUGCUGUUGUUAUAAAAACAAUAUAUUGACUAUAAAUUGCAUGAAUUCAAAUGUAAAUAGUUUAUGCUUUGGUAAAUUUGUUAAAGACAUUGAAAUGAUUAUUUACAACGCAUUGAAACAAUAUUUGCUGAAAGGUGCCUUCUUAGCUAGGAUAGUGCCUUUGUUCACAUUACUAAUAAAUUCAUACAUCAUAUUUAA